CUGUUUGCCCGGCUACACAAUAGGGCAGAAGCGGGUAUCAGACUCACACUAGAGGCCAAGUUUUCUUCUGAAAUUCUUCAACAAGAACAGCGCUGCUCUACGGAGAGCAAAAUUGCCAGGCUUAAUGUUAGACCAGAGAUCCGUUCACGUCUUAACACUUUGAACAAUCUACUGCCUCGAUUGCAAGACAAGCCUGUCUCUUCCGAUGCCUUAGCAGGCGGACCCGGAAACCAGUCCAAUAAUGCAUCGGGUGGCGGCACUAGCUCUUCAUCUCCGGGCAAAUUGCCAACAGUUGAUGAAGCCUGGAACCUACCGAUUCCGGCUGAGCUAACUCAGCGUCAGAUGAAUUUGAUGAUGCAGGCCGCCGCCUCCACUACACAGACAGGCUCGUCUGGCCUUGUGAGUGGUCCCGACUUAGCUACACUGGAAUUGAUCCCUGGGGAGCAAUCUAUGGGCCCCGUUAGUGGUGCACAAGCAGGUGGCAGGAAACGUUCUUCUUUCGCCGGGCUUUUGAUUCCUGAAACGCCCUGUCUUCCUAAUCCGAGCCUGCGUGCUAGACUUACUGAGUGUCUGAAGGCGCAUCGACAACGCCGGAAACAGCAAUGGCGCCGACGCAAAGGGAGAACAGAUUUAGUUGAUAAAGCAGAAGACAAUGAUAGUUGUGAAGAGGACGGCGAGGAUGAAGGGGAGGAAAAAAUUAAGAUUGAAAAAGAAGACGAAGGUGAUGAGUCUUUCAUACUCGGAAUCAUCUUGAUCGAGGGGUAG